GGCGCGCGCGGGGGCGGGGGCCGGCUCGGGGAGCCCCGGGGUGCCCGGCGAUCUGACGCGACCGUGGCACCGGGGAGCCGGGCCGCGGGCUGCGCCUCCGCCGGGGGCGUCGCCGGCCUCGGCCCCUUUGUUCUCGCGCGCGCCCCCUCGCCGCCCACUCCCCUGCUGUCGCGCGGCGGCGGCGGCGGCGGCGGCGGCGGCUCCUCCCGCCCGAGGCGGUCGAGCUCCGCGCCGGGGGCGGGAGGGGGCGGGGAGCGCGCCUGCCGCGGAGAGUGGGGGGCGAUGGCGAAGCUCAGGGUGGCUUACGAGUACACGGAAGCCGAAGACAAGAGCAUCCGGCUCGGCUUGUUCCUCAUCAUCUCUGGCGUCGUGUCGCUCUUCAUCUUCGGCUUCUGCUGGCUCAGUCCCGCCUUGCAGGAUCUGCAAGCCACGGCGGCCAACUGCACGGUGCUGUCGGUGCAGCAGAUCGGCGAGGUGUUCGAGUGCACCUUCACCUGUGGCACCGACUGCAGGGGCACCGCGCAGUACCCCUGCGUCCAGGUGUACGUGAACAACUCCGAGUCCAACUCCAGGGCGCUGCUACACAGCGACCAGCACCAGCUCCUCACCAACCCCAAGUGCUCCUAUAUCCCGCCCUGUAAGAGAGAAAACCAGAAGAACUUGGAGAGCGUCAUGAACUGGCAACAGUAUUGGAAAGAUGAGGUCGGCUCACAGCCAUUCACGUGCUAUUUCAAUCAGCAUCAACGACCGGAGGAUGUUCUCCUCCACCGCACGCAUGAUGAGAUUGUCCUCCUGCACUGCUUCCUCUGGCCAGUGGUGACAUUUGUGGUGGGCGUUCUCAUUGUGGUCCUGACCAUCUGUGCCAAGAGCCUGGCCGUCAAGGCAGAAGCCAUGAAGAGGCGCAAGUUCUCCUAACGGGGAGGAGGAUUGUGGGAAGCCAAGCACAGAGGCUGACCUGACAGCACUCGCCUGCCCUGCAGAGCCCACAUUUGGUGGCGCAGGAGAUGGAGGGGGCCACACCAGGCCUCCAAGAGGCAUCUUCUUCAGUGGCGGCAGAAACAGGCACGAUUGGAAGACUCUGGGACGCAUCGCCUGUGUUCCACGUGCUGUAGCAACGGCUAAAGGGUCAAGCUCUUAGCUAUAUGGAGUGACUGGAAAACCAUAUAAGAAGUUGGUUUUCUCCCGAAAGCAACAGUAUCUCAUUUGUAUAGUGUAGUAUAAAAAACAUUAUGAUUUAUGCUACUUACAAAUAUUAAAAUACAGUGCUCUGUG